GAAGAACUUUUAACGGCCUUUAUUGAUUUCCGUCAAACGGUUUUAGUCUUUUAACAACUCACGGUACACAACAGUUUUUUUACAGCUCACAACCCACAACAGUUUUUUCACAGCCACGACCCAACUAAAUAGACCCUUACUCACCAUUUGCCUGCUCCAGUCUUAGCCGUCCAAAAAGUAUCAGAUGAGGUGUUUUAGCACAGAAGUGGAGCGACCUAGUUUUACAAACGCAACAACACGACUCACUUUAGAGAGCGGUAAUGUUGAGGGAGACAAAUCUCUCUCCACCAUCGCACCGCGCCGUCCUCGCCCUCGCCGCUGCGCCCCUCCCGCGUCUUCCGCCUGCUCCGGCGGCGCUCUCGCCUGCGCCGCCUGCUAUGGGGCUGCUCACGUCGGCGGAGCUCAACUACCUCGUCUUCCGCUACCUCCAGGAGUCAGGUUUUAUUCAUGCUGCAUUUACUCUAGGUUAUGAAGCUGGGAUCCAUAAGUGUGGCAUUGAUGGUAAUGCAGUCCCACCUGGUGCUCUUAUCACUAUUGUGCAGAAAGGCCUCCAAUACAUUGAACUGGAAGCAAGUAGCGAUGAGAAUUAUGAUGAAGUUGAGAGGGAUUUUGCGCUUUUGGAGCCACUUGAAAUCAUCACAAAAGAUGUUGAAGAGUUGCAACAGAUUGUGAAAAGGAGGAAAAUUGAGAGAUCUCAAACUGAACUUGAGAAGGAUAAGGGAAAAGAGAAAGAACGUAACGAGGAGCAUGAACGACGUCCUUGUGGCGAAAGGGAGAGGGAACAACAUGAAAAAGAAAAAGAGCAAGUCAGGGACAAGGACAAAUCUGAAAAAGAUAGGGACCAUGAUAAAGAGAAGGAGAAAGAGAGAGAAAGGCAGCAUGCAGAGCGUACUGAUAAGGUUAAACACGAGGAUGAUUCUCUUGUUGGUGCAGGUCCCACUCCAAUGGAUGUAAGUACAACUGUUCAGGAGAUAUCUAACACUGAUGUUACUGUUUUGGAAGGACACAGUUCAGAGGUUUUUGCUUGUGCGUGGAGUCCAACUAGUUCUCUUCUAGCUUCUGGAUCAGGAGACUCAACUGCUAGAAUCUGGACAAUUCCAUAUGGUCCAUGUGGUUCCGACAUGCAACCAUAUUCUCCUGGUGUUCAUGUUUUGAAACAUUUUAAAGGUCGGACCAAUGAAAAGAGCAAGGAUGUCACCACGCUUGACUGGAAUGGUGAAGGUACACUACUCGCUACGGGCUCCUACGAUGGACAGGCAAGAAUAUGGAGUAGAGAUGGAGACCUGAAGCAGACACUGUUCAAACAUAAGGGACCCAUAUUUUCAUUGAAAUGGAAUAAGAAAGGAGAUUUUCUCCUAAGUGGAAGUGUUGAUAAAACUGCUAUUGUUUGGGAUACAAAGACAUGGGAAUGCAAGCAGCAGUUUGAAUUUCAUUCAGCUCCAACACUAGAUGUUGAUUGGAGAAAUAAUAACUCCUUUGCAACAUGUUCAACCGAUAACAUGAUCUAUGUUUGCAAGAUUGGGGAACAGCGUCCAAUUAAAGCAUUCAGUGGUCAUCAGAGUGAAGUUAAUGCUAUAAAGUGGGAUCCGACUGGUUCUUUUUUGGCUUCAUGUUCUGAUGAUUGGACAGCAAAGAUAUGGAGUAUGAAACAAGACAAAUGUAUAUUUGAUUUCAAGGAGCAUACCAAGGAAAUAUACACUAUUCGGUGGAGCCCAACAGGCCCAGGAACAAACAAUCCUAAUCAGCAGUUGCUUUUGGCUAGCGCAUCUUUUGAUUCAACCAUCAAGCUUUGGGAAGUUGAGCAGGGACGCCUUCUGUACAGCUUGUCCGGUCAUAGGCAACCAGUGUAUUCUGUUGCAUUUAGCCCUGACGGCGAGUACUUAGCGAGUGGGUCCCUGGAUCAGUGCCUACACAUCUGGUCUGUGAAAGAAGGCAGGGUCCUGAAGACCUACAGAGGUACUGGGGGCAUAUUCGAAGUGUGCUGGAACAUAGAAGGCACCAAGAUUGCUGCCUGUUUCUCCAACAACACCGUCUGCGUCAUGGAUUUCCGGAUGUAGCCCAACCAGUAGGGGUAGCGACGUAGUGCAGAUCAAGCCUAAAACAAGUCUGGAUCACAAGCCCUUCCCAUGGAAACGUGUGAAGAGAGCGGAAUUGUUAGCAGAAUGCAGAUCUUAGGUGGUGGUUUUUUUUUUUGCCCAUGUACAGUUCUUUUUUCCUAGGUUAUACUGUAGCGAUGCGUUAGUAGCAUGGAAAUGUUUUGGUGGCAAUCCUCCUAAUUUCUGAAUGCAAUCUUACCAUAUUUAAACUCUUAAGUAUUCCAUCGUUUUAUAUAGUCGAGAAAUACAAAUUUCCAUUAUUGACA